AUGAAGAUCUCUUCUAGUUAUGUAUUCCACGGAGCAGCUAGGCUGAUCCAAGCAGGCUCCGGGUCCAACAACCCUCAGAACGGACACACAGCUUCCCGACGAUCUUUCAACGCUGAUAUCACUAAGGAGACGAAAAACAAUAUGGAUCACUACGCCUCUUACGCCGGUGUCCAGUAUUCCCCUCUUGACAUGGCAGAAUAUGUAUUCUGGACUGGCGACGAGCGCGGGGUCACUACGGCUAUUGAAGACUUCCUUCAGGACGGAUUGAUGAGCAAGGAAGAAGCAAUCGCUUUCUUACAAGAAAUAAAGUUCAACAUCGAUUACCUUCGAGCGCAUUACGCGCAGAACAUGAAAGCUGUGGAAGAAAACGCUCAGCAGGAGAAACUAAGAAGUAUGCUCUUGGAACAGGCUAAUGCUAAGGAGAAUAGUAGUAACUGCGUUAUAGGGCCGUUUUACAUAUAUUUCCUGGUACGAAAUAAGUGCCCUUGUGAACUUACUUUUUCUAGAAAUUCACUCAAGUUCAUCUUAACAAAGAUAGAUGCCUCAAAGAUGUACAGACAUGGGAAGAUGAUGUUCUCCCAAUCUCUUUCACGAGACCCGGCGUCGGCCCGCGCAGCAACACAGCGAUUCAUGGCUUUCCUCGAAUUAGAAGCCGAAAGGGGACAGCUCUCGAGGUCUAUUGAGAAGAAAGUACUGGAUGUGAUGAUUGCAGCACUCACGGAUACUAUUGGUGAUCAUCCAGAACUUCUACAGGCUCGAGAUGGCUUUGGACUCCCUGCUAACAGACUUAUGCGCCAAUUCCUGGAGGCGGGUUCAUCAGAACCAGGCAUGUCGCGAGCUAUCCUAGCUGCUUACAAAGACGAGUUGCUGAAAGGACCACACAAAUUCGCCUUUCCCGAGAGAAAUUAAACCAUUCCUUCGAGAUUAUUUUAGUUUUGAAACUUUCCUGGCUAAUGUCCCGUUAUUUGACGUAAGGUCCUAGUACUGGCAAGUCAUGGUUUUGAAUGAUGACGUAAUUAAUAGGUUACAGUUUCUGCCAUUGAUGAUCCUUCGAACCGGAUACAAAAAUGUGUAUAAUAAAAUCAUAGUAGCAGAAAUUGUCUUCGUACGCGAAACAAAGCUUUCUGAAAGCUGGACUUUUGGAACACGUAUUAGGUAUUUAAUAUGUCCUGCUAAGAAUGUUUAUUACGCAUGCUUUGAAUGAAUUGUCUUUUAACUGGUGGAGUUCAAUUUGUAUGAAGCUUUGAAAACAAACCCAUAGCCGAAUUUAUAUUGAGUAGGGCUUAUUAUAAGUGCGUAGAAGCAUUUUAAGAUUUUGUAGCAAGUUAAUCUGUAUAAUUUUAGGGAUUAUUACAUAGUUGUUUGUCUAGUUAUAUACAGUUUCAUUGUUUUUAAGGGCUAAACUAUGAAGGCAGCUCGUAGAGUGUAGAAAACUUUGUCCUUACAAAAUAAUGAAAUUGUUUUAAGUAUUUUAAACCAAUCGUAAAUGCAUGCUUGACACUUCCUCUGUCGCCUUUAGUUCAAAUUGUGUACCAGGGGUCGAUUCAGAACUUUACGAUAACUCAGUUGUCGACCGAUUUCUUUUCAUUUUUAUUCGCAACAUCCGAAUCAAAAAUCAAACCGUCGUAUUCGAAAUCGAACCGGAAUGACGUCACAAAAAAUGAAA